AGCUACGUAUAAGAAAAGAUGGCUGCGAUUAUUUCCGCGCUUGAAGAUGCUGCGGUGGAUGAAGCUGAGCUUGGAGAGAGCAGGCGUUUUUCCGGUGGUUUCCAGAACCGACAAGAGUUCGGACUGGACCUCCUGGACAAAGAGUUCGGCAGCGAGCUCAGGUCCGCCCAGACCGUCUCACAGCUGCUGGACAGAGUUCGACACGAGACCUCCGAGCUGGAGGAGCAGGUCCUGACCGUGUCCAGCUCGGUGCCUCCUAAAGUUUCGUGGUGUCUGUCUGAGGCAGAAGAGGUUGGAUGUUCUCUGGAGGAGCUGCUGCAGAGACAGCGUGGUGUCUCCAGCUCCCUGCACGAGCACCUGCAGGGGACCAAGCUGUGGAUGGAUGGUCUUGACGAGACAUUUAAUCGAGUAGACUUUAUGGACAAAAGUCUGAGAUACCUGAAGUGUCUUCACUACAUGGGAGAGCUCAGUGCCACGGUUCAGCAGUGUCUGAUGAUCAACAGCGUUGGCGACGCCAUCAGGGCAGUGAAAAACAUGGCUGCACUGGACUGUGGACUGAACCAGUCAGGGUGUUCCCACCUGCAGGACUUCCUCAGAAAAACACUCAGUUUUUGGCACAACAUCAUCAAAGAGCAGCUGACGAGUGAUUUUGAGAACGUACUGACUCAUCUUCACUGGCCCAUCGUCUCAACUUGUCAGCCGUCGACGCCGGUGGCCAACAGUCAGGAGGUCAGCAGCCGUUUGGAGGAGGUGGUGACGCAGCUGCACGCCCUGCAGACCUCAGAUAAUCUCGUGUCCCAGAGAGGUCAAAGUCUGUCCUCUGAUCAGGUUCUGUCUUCAGCCACCCCUCAGCUGCAGGACCCUCCCCUCUGUCUUCCUGUCCAAAUAAUGCUGCAGCCGCUCAGGAAGAGGUUCAGGUACCAUUUCUGUGGGAACCGCCAAACUAACUCCUUAAGCAAGCCAGAGUGGUACCUCACACAAGUGCUCAUAUGGAUGGGGAGCAGCUCCGACUUCUUGAAUGAAAAGAUUCAACCCGUCUUGGAUCAGGCGGGUGCAGCAGUCAGCGCCAGGCCUUCUGAUCUUGUUGACAACCUAUGCCUGUUUUUGGAUUUCGCCUUUGCCUCUCCCUAUCGCUCUGUGUCUCUGCUGAAGUGUCCUGUUACAACAAGAAAGAUUAGUGUUUCAUCAGACCAACGGUACCAGGCUUUGCCCAGCUCGUCGGCACAACUCAAGUUUUUGGAGCUGCAGAGGGAACUGGUUGAUGACUUCCGUAUCCGACUUACACAGGUGAUGAAAGAGGAGUCCCGGUUCCCUCUGGGUGUUCGCUACUGUGCCAUUCUUAAUGCUGUUAAUUACAUUUCCACCAUCCUCAGAGAUUGGGGAGACAAUGUGUUCUUUUUACAGUUGCAGCAGGCAGCUGUUUCACUUGGUGAGCAGGAGGUUGUGGGGGGCCUGGAAAUGAUGGAAGUGGGUCGCCUGGCUUCCCUGGAGGGCUCGCUGUUCGAUGGUCUGUUGUCCUUGUUGGAUCGAUUAAAAGGAGACAUGUUGGGAAGACUAUUGGACUUUCUUAUGAGAGACAUCGCAGAAAAAGCCAAACCCUACUGUCAUGAAAGAUGGUUGUCUGCGCCGUCUCAGCAGGACCAGUUGACCUCGUCUCUGUCCAGCUCAGCCUGUCCCAUGAUGCUUUGUGUGAGGGACCGGUUGUUGAACCUUCAUCAGGCCUUGAGUCUUCCUCUGUUCCAACUCACUUGGCAGGGCUUGGCGGAAAGACUCGACAGCUUUCUCUACCGAGAACGUGAAGGAGGCCUGCAUCGUCUUGUGUCUAAACGUGGGCUCUGCCAUUCUGUUGAAGAACCUCCUGAAACGAUCCACACAGGAGCCAGGAGAUCAGGACCGUGCGGGGGAGUCCUCCCCAGAGUCCGCUCUGAAUGAGAUGGGGGUUUAUUGCUUAGCACCUUGUGACGUAAUGAUUCUCAUCAACCUCAGAGCCUCUUUACCACAAAUAUGAUGCGU